AAAAAAAGAAGAAAGUUGGAUAAGAAAAAGAAAUGAAACGAAGAAGAAAAGGAAGAAAAGUAGUAGUGGUGGUGGUGGUGGUGGUGGAACAGAAUGAAGUGCAACAAGCUGUACUGCGAUAUAUUAGAAAAUGAUAGAUACAGGUUGAGGAAAAGAGGGAGGGGAAGAAGUAGAGAAUCAGAGAUAAAGAUAGAUAGAUAAAGAGUGAGAGAGAGAGAGAGACUGGUGGGAGAAGAAGGCAAGUGAUAGCAACAGCAGCAGCAGCAGCAGCUAGCCUGCUGCUGCAAUAAACACUAGAUGUAGUGGUGGUGGUAGUGGUGUUACCUGGCUCGCCAACAUCCUCUAUUACGCAUGCUCAUCAUUUCAUUUACUCUACAGGUGCUCCAUCAUCAUGUCGCGUCGAAAACAGUCCAAUCCACGGCCUCUUCUUGAUUUCAAUCGGAAAAAAAGUCCUGAUGCAUCCACACAAGAUCAAACUUCAGUUCAUGUUGGAAAGUUUGAACUACAGAAAUCCAAUGGCUAUGUUGUUGCUAAGAGUGAUGAAGAGCCACAUGCACCACUUCUUAUGGAUGCCAAAAGUAUCAACAGCCCAGCUGGAGUACAGUUGAGUUCAUUGCCUGAGCAUUUCAUACUGGCACCAUCCAAACCUUCAACAUCAGCUGGUUCCAAUAACUGUUCUCCCUCACAGACCACACUUUCCAAACAUCAACUGAAAAUGGAUCCAAAUGCAGCAGCUGGCAAAGGGAAAAAAUCCAAAAUUCCUGCAAAACGUAAAAGCAGUGGCAAGAUAAUGCCAAUUGAUAAAAAUGGUAACAAUAUUUAUGAAUGUCCUCAGUGCAAAGAAAAUCUGCAGUCACUCCGAGAGUUAACCUCUCACCUCCGUUCCCAUAAUGGCAUCAAUAAUUCCAGAUCUGAUCAUGAAUGCCAUCAGUGCCACAAGAUUCUCAGCUCAUCCAGUUCUUUGGAUCGCCAUAUGUUGACUCAUUCUGGAGAGAAACCAUUCUCUUGCACCAUCUGCACGCAGUCUUUUACAACGAACGGCAACAUGCACCGACACAUGCGCACCCACGAGAAAAAGAACGAGACAAAACGAAAUUAUUUAAAACUUAAACAGAAGGGACUCGGUUCUCGAGUCGGAGCUUAUGCAGGGAAAAAUGCCAGCAGUAUCCCUUCUGCUGCGAAAAUAAACGACUUGCAUGGAGACAUUACGUCAUUGUGGAUAGAUGUACAUCCUAAGAAAAUAAAACCCAACUCACUAACUUCACCCACUAAUUUAAUUGUGCCAUCAACUCAACCAACCCAAGAUGCUCCACAGGAUCUUUCCCAGAAGUCUAACACCUCAUUACUACAACAUGAUGAUAUCAAGAGAGAGGAAUUUGGUGAUCCUUAUGAAAAUUCUUCCCUUGAAAUCACUAAAGUUGAUUUUUCAACGACCAAAUUUCCUUUGAUGUGUGUUGCUCAAGACAAGAGAAGUAUUUCCCGACAGAAAAGUUUCCAGCAUAAAUACAGCUGUACUCAGUGCUCAAGUACUUUCCCAUGUCAGAAGGCACUGGACUUGCACUAUCAAGACCAUUUCCCAGACCAGCCAACCUCUUGCUCAACUUGUAAAGUCACCUUUAACUCUACAGAGGAGUUGAAACAACAUAGCCUCCAUUAUCAUCAAGAUCGAGGCAAAGAAUGCCAGAGGGCGUUCAUGAAUUCUUUGAACCUCACUUCCUGUUCAGGAACUCGGUCUGUUUCUCCAAAAUCUGAAAUUAGUACAAGUGAAAUUGCACCUGUAAAUAAACGAAGCAAUUCUGAAAGUCAGCUGUCAGGUUUGGAAUCACCCAAAAUUUCUUUUGAAGAAGCAACUUCUCUGAAAGAUUUUGCAGAAUCCAACUUGAUGCCUGAAAAGACUAAGAAUGAUUCUAAAGAUGGCCUCCCUACUAAUGCACACCAAAGCAAGGCAGCAAGUUUGGCAUCAAAGAAGAAGUCCAGCUAUACUUGUACCUACUGCAAUCAGAUAUUUCCUAAUACAAGAGCUGCUAAAAGUCAUGAAAGAAGUCAUCUUGGUUUGUCUCCAUACCAAUGUAAAUCUUGCAGCUACUCAAGUCCGGACAAAAGCACAUUAAUUCGACACAUGAGGACCCACAAUGGUGAGCGACCUUAUCAGUGUAAACUCUGCAGCUAUCCUUUCACCACGAAAGCCAACUGUGAACGACAUGUCAAGAAGAAGCAUCAUAUCAGCACAAAGGAAGAACUGGAGCUGAAAGUGUCUUACAACAAGGAAAGUAACAAAGAAGUGCCCAAUGGAGAGGAUGCAUUCAGCUCCCCUGAUACAGUAUGUAAAUACUGUAACAUUGAUUUUAAAUACUUCCGCCAUCUUAAGCACCAUCUACGGAAACAUCGUAGCAGUGAGGAAAAACCAUUCCGCUGUAAGGAAUGUCAAAUGGGUUUCUCAACAAAAGCGAACUGUAUGCGCCAUAUUCAAAACAAACACAUUGAUAUUGAUCAUGCUAAUAUUGAGAACUAUAUCAUAGUCCAAGACCCUCUUCUCUCCAGCUUUGCUCAUGGAAGGCUUUCUCCAAGAUCUUUGUCUCUUUCCCCAAUUCCUUCACCUGGCAACAACAGCAGCAACAACCAUUCCUAUUUGACCCCUGACUCUGAUGUCAAACCACUCGAUCUACGUUCCUCAAAGAAUCAUCCAGCCAGUGCUGCCUCCCCCAGCGCCAAUAGUUCCAUUCUUGAUGACGAUGGAAGCGAUGAACCUAUUGACCUUUCCGUUAAAAAAUCCAAGAAAUCUUCCAGAAAAACUUCGAAAUCGACCGACCCUAGUUCACUGCGUGCUAAGUGCAACCUUGAUUUUCAGCGUAACCUUGAUCAGCAGUGGCACGUGAACCAACCUCACAACAACAUGGCAUUGCCAUCUGUCCAGCAGCAAGAGCAUUUGUUAAAGAAAAGUCCUCAAUAUGUCUUACAAGAAUCAAAUAGAAUUUCAUCACCUGUGGCUUUUGAUUCAGAUAAUGGUGAUCUGGCAUCUGUGAAACAGAUUCUUAGCACAGCAGGUGCAAAUACUUUCAAAGAAUACAUGAACCCUGCAGAAGAAGACCUCACUCCUAGCCAUGCUAAUGGCCAUGAAGAUAUACUGAGCCCAGAUGAAUACGAUUCUGAUUUGAUUAAUAAAAUCAAAAGAGAACCACAAGACCCAGAAGAAAAUGAGGACAAUAUAAACCUUAUUCUUGACGAAUGCAAUUCCACUAGUCUCAUUGAAUCUAAGGAGACUAUUUCCCAAGAAACGGACCAAUCCAAGCAAAAGUCCCUCAAAAAGAAACGCAAUUCUUAUGCAGAUUCCCCUCACAAACUUAAGUGUCCCUACUGCCCACGUAAUUUUCCUUGGGCUAGUUCAUUGAAGCGCCACAUUUUAACCCAUACUGGGGAGAAGCCAUUUGAAUGUCCCAAAUGCCAUGUCAUAUUUUCCACAAAAUCCAACAGAGAGCGCCAUCUAACCAGAAAACAUGGUGUUAACAUGCUUGAUCCUGCUGCUCGUCAGUCAAUGGACCGUCCCCAUAAAUGUCACCAUUGUGUCUUUAGUUCAUUUGCCACAAAAGAAAAUCUUCGUCGCCAUUAUCACGAACGUCAUCCUAACGAUCCAAUACCCGAGAAUGUCGGAUACGAUCCUGAUGAGAAAAUACUGAACCUGUCUUCCCCUUCGACCGAUCUACUGAAUAAUAAUGAUAAUAAUAAUAAUGAUAAUAAUAGAGUGAACAGUUACAAUGAGACGUUUCACUCAACAUCACAGAAUAACGGAGAAGAUUUCGAUGGUGGUCUAAAUGUUAGCAACAUCAACUAUGAAAUUGACAAACAAGGAAUGGAUGAUGAAGACCUGGUCAAUGAUGAAAAUGGUGAAGAAAUGCUUCCAGACAAUCGCCAUUGGUCACCAACAACUGCAAAACUGCCGAUCAUGAAGUUAGAAGAAAGUGCAGAAAUCAACCACUCCUUGUUAGUAAAACACCGAAAAGACCAUGAAGUGGAUUCACCAUUUAUGUGCUACCUCUGUGACAGUUCCUUUGAUGAAAGAGCCAAAUGUUUGGCCCACAUAGAACAACAGCACAACACACAAUGGCAAGUUGUUGCCGCCAAAAUAAACAUUGAUAAUAUCGAGUAUUUUUGCAACAAAAUGGACCAUAUCGUUUCUCAAAGAUGUAAAAUGUCUGCCAACGUUGAUGCUAGCCGGAAGACUGAUUAUUUAAGCAGAAAAGUUUAUUGCUCAUUCUGUGCCCAGAGGUUUUGGUUUUUACAAGACUUGCGGUGCCACAUGCGAUCUCAUACUGUUAAUAAUUUUAUUGAAGAAAACCAGGACCAAUCGAAAUCAGAUUCAGAAAUCAACAGAACAAAAGGUCAACUGCCCAUGGAAAUAGCAUUCGAGGAGAGUCAAGAGGAUUGUAAGAGUGACAUCCUUCCUGAAAUAUUGGGUCUCAAUGAAUCCGACAUUGAGAAAAUGUUAGAAAAUGCUACUUCAGGGGGUAACUUGAGUUAUAUUGCUUCAGACAAAUAAUGAGGGCAUUUUAUUGGACACAACUCCUUGUUGGAGAAAAUGAAGAAUGUUACAAAUUUCAAGAGAAAACAAGAAAAAAAACAAAACAAAACAAAAAAGACAAACCUGUUCCCUUUCUCAACUUGUUAUUUGGCUGGGAGCAUUCUUGACCCCAAAACUUGUUGGAUUCCAUAAAUAUCGGAUGAAGAUUUCGCUUAUUUUUUAUUUUCAUUUUUUUCCUGGUUUCUAUUUUUUUAAAAAACUUGUUGGAACUUCAGAGUUGAUAUUGUUUCUAAUCUUUAUUAUCAGUUUUGUUAUAAAUUAAAAAGAAAAAAAAAUAUAUAU